CGGACGGAUAUUUUUAUGGCAUGCAGACAUAUCGGGAUCUUUCAAUCUAUGAACGGUUACUCUAGUCAUUUCGGGACCUAUGUCCAGUGGGUUUUUGAUAGUACUUUUAUUCUUGAAGAAAGGGUUUUUAUUUUAGAAUCAACGUAAGCGUAAGAGGUUAUUCUUCUCUCCUCAAUCCCGAUAUGUCUCUCAAUCAUUAUUCCUCUUAACCAAAAAUUUCAUUUUUAAAAUUUCAGAUAUUCUCUUUCGAUUCUAUUUGCUAUAUUUAUUUAAAAAAUGAAUUCGCAAGCUCCAAAGAGACGUGGCCGUCCAGCGAAAGCAAAAGCUGCUGCAGCUGCAUCUGUUCCAACUACAGACAAAUCGCCGCCGAAGCCUAAAUCUCCAAUUAGUGCUCCAAAUGGUGAAGCCAAGUCUCCAGUCAAACCUCUUUCUCCAGUCAAGCCGUCUUCUCCAGCUAAAUCCCCUGUUGUUGCCAAAAAGGGACGUGGGCGUCCAAAGGGUGCUGUUGUUGUGAAGAAAUCACCGCCAAAGAAGCCGGUGGCGAAGUCUGUGGCUAAAGGUGGAGUGACGAAGAAAGCUGGUGCUGGAAAACGUGGACGUCCGGCGAAGAAGAAUGCAGCUUCAGAGGAGAGCAGUGGGGAUGACGCAGGUAUUUAUUUUUAUAAGAAAGACCUGAAAUAUUUUUUGUCUACCAAAAACGCUUGCGGAAAGUAUUCUUGUCAUUAAACUUGGAGGGACUUGGGAAUUUUUCACACGAUGGGAAAAACGCGUUUAAAAAAUCUUUUUUAUUUGGAAUUCCUUUACUUAAAUUUAGAUGAGAAUUGUUUAAAUUAAUUUAUAUUUUACCCUCAACCACCAUUUUCAACCACCAGGCAUGGGCUGAGUUACUCGAAACCCGGACUUUUUUUUAAACUGAAACACGACUCUUGAAGAAUUUCAAAACCCGACUUGACUUUUCUCAACCCGGCCCAUUCUUGUCUUACACAAAACAGUGAAUCUGGUCGUCUUUAAGUCUGAAAAUAACUGCUUUUCAAAUUUAUUUUUUUUUAAUUUUCUAGCCAAGAACAACACCUCUCCUUCUAAAUCGCCUUGACUUUAAUGGAAUCUUUAUUUGACUGAGUUGGCGGAAUCUCUCUCUUCAUUUUAUUUUUUCUUGUACAAGAACACCAAAAUUCAACAAUAAUCUUCUACAAAAAACGUUCCCGGCCUUUUAUGUUCUUUUUUUGGUAUCUCACCUAUAUAUAAACUUGCAUUAAUUUUUGUUUUUUUUGACACACUGCUUAGAUUUUCACCUUUUUUGUGUGUGAAAUUUUGAAGAAAAAUUGGAAAAAAAUUUUUUGAAAUUUUUUUCGAGGCCUUUGAAAAUUUUUGAUUUUUUUUUUUAAUUUUUUCGAGGCCCGUAAAAUUUUUUUGAUAUUUUCAAAAAAUUUUUUUUAAUUUUCUUCAAAAUUAAAAUUUAUUUAACACAACAUAAACAUUGUAUCAACCCAAAUAUUAAAAACAUAAUUUCCUCGCUUCUAUUUUGAUUUUGUGACAUUUCAAUAAAAAAUUAAAAAUUAUUUGUUUAUUUUUUUCUAAGUUGAUUUUAUCAAUUAAUUAUUUGAGAAAUUGUUUAGGGAACUUUUUUUUAAAGAAAUUCUCUUUAUGUUAGAUUGCUUUCUGGCAAAUGUGUUUGCGGUUUCGGAUAUCUGGAAUCGAAGAAACUUGCAAUAUUUUAGGAUUUCCCUAAAAUGCCUACCCUGGUUUUUUGGAAUAUUUUGUUUUAAAUAUUUACUAACAUUGGUU